AUACUAGUCGCAUUGUUUUUGCGGCCAUCUACUGAGUGAGAUUUUCCGAUGAUUUAAUAAUAUUUUUCCAUUUUUGUCGAAAAAUUGAAUUCUUCCGCAAAAGGCGGGACAACCGACUCAAACGUGAUCAAACCACUGGAGGAUCUUCGAACUGGCUUUUCUGGAUCUAGCCUGGUCACUGACACCGGCAGUUUCCCAACAUGCCCGUCGUAAAUGUUGAGGAUCUGGUCCGUCUGCAACGGAAACCAGAUGACAUACGGAAUAUAUGUAUUUUAGCUCACGUUGAUCAUGGAAAAACUUCUUUGACUGAUAGUCUUAUCGCCACUAAUGGCAUCAUUUCACCAAAGCUGGCGGGCAAGAUCCGCUAUCUGGAUUCGCGUCCAGAUGAACAGCUUCGAGGCAUUACUAUGGAGUCCUCUGCGAUCUCCCUUUUCUUCUCGAUGAUGCGUCGUCCUGCCCCCGACGCUGCUCCGGUAGCGAAAGAGUACUUGAUCAAUCUUAUCGACUCCCCCGGGCACAUCGAUUUCAGUAGUGAGGUCUCUACAGCUUCACGUCUGUGCGAUGGAGCUAUUGUUUUAGUGGAUGCUGUAGAGGGUGUUUGCAGUCAGACAGUCACUGUGCUGCGCCAAACCUGGGUCGAGCAGCUGAAGCCGAUUCUGGUCAUUAAUAAGAUCGACAGGCUGGUCACUGAGUUGAAGAUGAGCCCCAGCGAGGCUUACUUGCACAUGAGCAAGCUGUUGGAGCAGGUCAAUGCUGUCAUCGGUAGCUUUUAUCAGGGUGAGCGAAUGGAGGAAGACCUCCAGUGGCGAGAGCGGAUGGAGGAGCGCGCCAAUGCAGCUGCUGAAAAAGACCGCACGAAGAAACAAACACAGGAUGAUGAGUCUACCCAAGGCAGCAUAGAUACCGCAGAAUAUGUGGAACGAGAUGAUGAGGACCUCUACUUCGCGCCUGAGAAGAACAACGUCAUCUUUUGCAGCGCCAUCGACGGAUGGGCGUUCACUGUCAGACAGUUCGCAGCUAUAUAUGAAAAGAAGCUUGGGAUCAAACGUUCAAUCCUCGAGAAGGUGCUUUGGGGAGACUACUACCUUGACCCUAAGACGAAACGUGUCUUGGGUCAGAAGCAUCUGAAGGGACGAGCUUUGAAGCCAAUGUUUGUUCAAUUGGUAUUGGAUAGCAUCUGGGCUGCCUAUGAGGCCACUACAGGCGGUGGAAAGGGAAAGGGUGACCCUGCUUUAUUGGAGAAAAUUAUGAAGUCUCUGAACAUCACGAUCCCGCCCUAUGUUCUACGAUCACGGGAUCCGAAAAAUAUAAUGACCACCCUGUUCUCUAUGUGGCUACCGCUAUCUACUGCGGUUCUUGUUUCUGUCAUGGAAUACCUUCCUAGUCCUCCGGCUGCACAAGCUGCCCGGCUACCGGCUUUGAUCGAGGAGUCGCCCGGCGCUGGCUUUGUUGAUACGAAGGUGAAAGAGGCGAUGAUCAACUUCAAGACAGGACCAGAUGAGCCUGUAGUGGCAUAUGUCAGCAAGAUGGUUGCCAUCCCAGAGAGUGAGCUGCUCUCAAGCAAAAAAAGAUCUGGCGCGACCAUGUCGGCGGACGAGGCCCGAGAGAUUGCUCGAAAGAAGAGAGAAGAGAUCGCAAAAAUGCAAGCAGAGGCCAACGGCGAGCAGCAAGACGACUACUCGAGGAUCACAUCUGCCUUUGAAAAUGUCACUUUGGAUGGCAACGAUCAAUCGGGCGAGCAGGAAGAGAAAGAAGAUCCAGAACACCUCAUUGGUUUUGCGCGACUUUAUUCGGGAACUCUUUCAGUGGGCGAUUCUGUCUACGUUCUUGCACCGAAAUUCUCCCCGGAAAAUCCUCUCGCUAGCCCUGUACCACAGAAGGUUACCGUUACAGACCUGUAUUUGCUUAUGGGACGGAGUCUUGAGCCUCUCAGAUCUGUUCCAGCGGGUGUCGUCUUUGGUAUUGGAGGUCUUGCGGGCCAUGUAUUGAAGACUGGUACUCUCUGCUCACAGCUCGAGGGCAGCAUUAACUUGGCCGGAGUUUCACUGCAUACACCACCGAUCGUGCGAGUAGCCCUGGAGCCAGUAAACCCUGCAGACCUGGGUAAAAUGGUCACUGGUUUGCGGCUCCUCGAACAAAGUGACCCUUGUGCACAGUACGAUGUACUUCCUAAUGGUGAACAUGUCAUCCUAACAGCAGGUGAAUUGCACCUUGAGCGUUGCUUGAAGGACCUUCGCGAACGUUUUGCCAGAUGUGAGAUACAGACUGGCCAGACAAUCGUACCAUACCGCGAAACUAUCGUCAGUGCACACGAAAUGGCCGCUCCCAAGAACCCGGACCUCGGACGGGGAGGCGUGCUAGCAAUAUCAGGAUCAAAGCAGUUGACUAUCCAAUUACGAGUUGUACCCUUACCUGAAGCCGUGACUGACUUCUUUACUAAACAAGUUGGAACUAUCAAACGCUUACAGUCUCAGCGACGAACAGCAGCAGAAGACAAGGUAGCUAACGGAACAACGGAUAACAACCAGCAGGUGGAGACCGGCGAUGCAACGGAUGAAGCCAGAGAAGGAAGUAUACUUACCCUCAAAGACUUCAGGCAGGAAUUGAACAAGAUAUUCGAUGAAGUAGUGAAAGAUGACAAAGAACUGUGGAAGGGCGUCGUGGAUAGAAUUACCGCCUUCGGCCCAAGACGAGUAGGACCGAACAUCCUGGUCGAUGCGACAGCAGUCAAUACCUGUGAGAAAUUCUUGCUGGAAGAUCCCAAGCAACAACCCACUGUCAGUGUAGAAAACAGCAGCAGAGAAGCCCUGAUAGUGCGCGACUUCUGCGACAAGAUCACCCACGCCUUCCAAUUGGCAACUGGCCAAGGCCCACUCUGUCAAGAACCAAUGCAAGGAACGGCCGUAUUCUUGGAAGAAUUGUCUGUGAAUGCCAGCGAAGAGGAACUUGACCUUGGUCGGUUGACAGGCGAGGCAAUCAGACUGGUUCGUGAGAGCAUCUCUCAGGGAUUCCUGGACUGGAGUCCUCGGAUCAUGCUUGCGAUGUACAGUUGUGAAAUCCAAGCUUCCACGGAAGUCCUCGGCCGUGUCUACGGUGUAAUUACCCGACGCCGCGGCCGUAUUCUUUCCGAAACAAUGAAGGAGGGCACGCCCUUCUUCACUAUUGUCGCCCUGCUCCCUGCCGCGGAAUCUUUUGGAUUUGCUGACGAAAUCCGCAAACGUACCUCUGGCGCAGCGCAACCACAGCUCAUCUUCGCGGGGUUCGAGGCCCUCAACGAAGAUCCGUUCUGGGUUCCAGCGACAGAGGAAGAACUCGAGGAUCUGGGUGAGUUAGCAGAUAAGGAGAACGUGGCGAAGCGGUAUAUGGAUGCUGUGAGAAGCCGGAAGGGGCUGGUUGUUCAGGGAAGGAAGUUGAUCGAUGCGGAGAAGCAGAAGACGCUGAAAAAGUAAAAGGAGUUUCAUUUCUUAUUUUUGAAUGGAGAUACGGUACGAGAGGGUAGAGAAAGCAAUUGGAUGUUGCACUUGGUUUCUACAUGUUGUACAUACUGUACAGAAGGAAAAAAAAAGUCAUUGGGAAGAUUA